AUGACCAUAGGAGAUAGGCCGCUUAAGCUUCCAAGUCACCAGAAAUACCGUUCUACUGAAAGGAACAAGAUGAUUAAUCCGGAAAAUCAAAACAUGAAAAGCCUCAUAUGGGAUCUCCCGAGGGCUUUUAACUGUUUUGAUAGAGUACAUGGAGUAGCGCUCAAGAAAGAUAGUUUUCAGUUUUUCUUUAAAUGGGUUGAAAAACCGCCUGAUGAUUAUCUAACGAUUCUCCCAGUUUGGGUGCGAUUAUAUGAGGUGCCGGUGAACUACUAUACUGAAGCUACAAUCACAGACAUUGCAGAGGUGAUUGGACAGGUGAUUGAAGUAGCAUUUGACCCAGAGAAACCCCAAAACCAAAGGUAUGUCAGAGCAAGGGUCCUCUUUAACACCUCCAAACCACUUUGUAACUUUAAGACAGUGGAACUACCGGAAGGAGACGUAGUCACGGUUAUGUUUGAAACUCCAGCUCCCGCCAAGGUAAUAGCUCCGGUAGUUACAGUGGUUCAGACCCCGCGUCUGCAACCUAAUGAUCCUCUGUUUGGUGUCUUAACACAAGUGGGAUUGGAUAGUAACACAUGCAAGUGGAAGAUAGCUAAUGAAGUGCUAGAUGUAGCCAGACAAUAUCUUCAGAAGACUCUUUUACGUCUUGAACCAGCUCCAAUCUUAUCUACAAAUGUCAACAAAGGAAAAGGACUUGUAUUCCACUUCCCGGAGCAGAAUGUUUCAGAAGAGCGAGGAGAUAGAUUGAUGAGAGACGCUCAGCUUUCAGGUGGGCGCUCCAAUUUGGAACUGCUCCGUAGUAUGGAGUUGGCAGCAUCAACUGAAUCUUCCUUUGCUGACUGUUCUACGGGUUUUAGGGUUGGCACUUCUGGUGCUAGCUCGUCCGGGACAGGUACAGCAAAGAAAAAGAAGUAUCGCAAGCGACCCCAAUCAAUUACUAGGAAAUCGCAGAAAAGGGAUGCUACAAGCACUCCGACUGAAACAGAGCAACAACAAAGUUCUGGCCAGCAGGAGUCUAGUCACAGUAAAAAGAAGGCAGAAGAAGCUGGAGAGGUCUCAGCCAAGUGUAUUAAGAGAGACCAAACAAGAGUGGAUCCAAUUGAUCUGCCGAAGAUCAAAUAG